AUGUCUCAACUAAACUACAACUCCGACUCCGUAGGCAAGGGCGACCAACUCCGCCUCGCGAACCCCACCCGCUGGCGCCGCCUCGCCUUCAUAAUCGCCGGAGUAAUCGUCGUGAUCGGUCUAGCCCUCGGUCUCGGUCUCGGCCUAGGCCUCCGCAACGGCGACGACGACGACAGCGGCAACGAGGACCUCGGCCCGCCCGACACGGGCGUCAACCGCACGUUGAAGUGGACGCCCGCCGUGGGCGAUUCGUGGCAGAUCAUCCUCCUCCACCCUAUCGACCUGACGAAGGAGCUGACGCCCGACGUGGCCGUGUACGACUUGGAUCUGUUCAACAAUGACGCCGAGAACUUUUCCGAGCUACAGAAGAAGGGGAAGAAGGUCAUUUGCUACUUCAGUGCGGGCUCGUACGAGGACUGGAGGGACGAUAAGGAUAAAUUCCAGGCGGAGGAUCUUGGCAAGGAGCUUGAUGGCUGGCCCGGCGAGAAGUGGUUGAAGCUUUCGAGUGAGAACGUUCGUUCUAUCAUGGCGGCAAGGAUCAAGAUUGCUGCCGACAAGGGCUGCGAUGCUAUUGACCCCGACAACGUCGACGGAUACCAAAACGACAACGGCCUCGACCUCACCGCCAAAGACUCCGUCGACUUCAUGAAAUUCCUCUCCCUCGAGGCCGCCAAGUACAAAAUGGCCGUAGGCCUCAAGAACGCCGGCGACAUCAUCGAGCAGGCCCUCCCCUACGUCGACUUCUCCGUCAACGAGCAGUGCGGCCAGUUCGACGAGUGCGGGACCUUUGAAAAGUUCAUCACGGCCAACAAGCCCGUCUUCCGCAUCGAGUAUCCCAAGGAAGAGCUCCCCAAGGGCACGAGCCUCGCCGACGAGUCGAAGAGGAGGUGCGCGAGCCAGGGCGCUGGGGAGUUUAGCACCGUGUUGAAGAAUAUGAAUCUUGAUGGGUGGGUGGAGUAUUGCGAUGGGAAGACAUUCACGACUUCGAUUCAGGAUGCAUAG